GCCACUAAGCCAUUGCCUUCUGUCAGCUCUGAAGAGACAACAGGAAAUUUGUGGUCAGCACACCAGGGCAACAAUGCUAUUCGGAACUAUAGGAAACAUUCUAUCUUUUCCCAUGUGAUGCCUGUGUAAAGGGGAGAAGAAACCACAAAAAUGGGCGAACUCAAUACAGAAUCUGUUGAGAAGUACUUGGAGAACAAUCCUCAGUUUGCCAAAGAGUAUUUUGAUAAAAAGAUCCGGGCAGAAGCACUUUCGGCAGCUUAUACAGAUUCCAAGUUAGAUGUAAAAGAUGCAGCCUCUUUCAAGGAAAUUACCCAAGUGGAGGAAUCUAAUUUUAUAUUUGAAAUGAUUAAAGAAAUUCAGACUUCCACAAGCUUGGAAAAGCCUAUCCACCAAAUGUUGCAGAGACUGUCUCAACUAGUGAGAGCAGACAAGUGUAGCAUGUUCUUAUGCAGGUCCAGGAACGGCACACCAGAGUUAACAACAACUCUCUUCAAUGUCACGCCAACUUCCAAGUUGGAGGAAAAUCUUGUUGCUCCUGAAGCUGAGAUAGUUUUUCCUCUCGAUGUUGGUAUAGUGGGGUGGGUUGCUCACACUAAGAAGACUUUAAAUAUACCAGAUGUGAAAAAGAAUACACACUUUUGUGACUUUGUGGAUAAACAGACUGGAUACACUACCACCAGCAUGUUGGCAACUCCAAUUACAUAUGGGAAAGAAGUGUUGGCUGUCAUAAUGGCGAUUAACAAAAUUGGUGAACCUGAGUUCUCUAAAGCAGAUGAGGAGCUUUUUGUCAAAUACCUUAACUUUGCUUCUUUCAUUUUGACUCACUACCACAUCACGUACCUAUUCAAUGUGGAAUCGCGAAGGAGCCAGGUGCUGUUGUGGUCUGCUAGCAAAGUGUUUGAAGAACUUACAGAUAUUGAACGUCAGUUUCACAAAGCUUUAUACACUGUUCGACUCUACCUCAACUGUGAAAGAUACUCAGUUGGUCUACUGGAUAUGACCAAGGAAAAGGAAUUCUAUGAUGAAUGGCCAAUAAAACUUGGAGAACAAGAACCUUACACGGGUCCAAAGACACCGGAUGGAAGAGAAGUCAUCUUUUAUAAGAUCGUUGAUUAUAUUUUGCAUGGAACUGAAGAAAUUAAAGUCAUACCGUCCCCCCCUCCAGAUCACUGGUCACUUGUCAGCGGGCUGCCAACUUAUGUAGCUGAAAAUGGAUUUAUUUGUAACAUGAUGAAUGUAGCAGCAGAUGAAUACUUCACCUUCCAAAAAGAAUCCUUUGACGAGACUGGCUGGGUGAUGAAAAAUGUCCUGUCACUACCCAUUGUCAACAAGAAGGAAGAAAUUGUGGGAAUCGCCACAUUCUACAAUAGGAAGGACGGCAGACCAUUCGAUGAACAUGAUGAACAGAUCACUGAAGCGCUCACACAAUUUCUGGGAUGGUCUGUGCUUAACACAGACACAUACGACAGACUGAAUAAGAUGGAAAACAGGAAAGAUAUUGCACAGGAAAUGCUCAUGUAUCAAACCAAGUGCACCAAGUCUGAGCUUCUGACUGUUAUGAAUACACUGGAGAAGUUCAAUGCUGAACCUGAGGACUGUGAUCCUAAGGAUCUUAUCAAAUUCUUGAAAUCAAACUUACCCGAUCCCAAAGAUGUUGAGCUUUAUGAAUUCCACUUCAGUGACUUGCCUGUUACUGAACUUGAUUUGAUUAAAUGUGGAAUUCGGUGUUUCUAUGAAAUCAAUGUGGUUGAAAAGUUCAAAGUACCUCCAGAAGUGCUAACACGGUGGAUGUACACUGUUCGGAAAGGUUAUCGUGAUAUAACCUAUCACAACUGGCGGCACGGCUUCAACGUGGGGCAGACAAUGUUCUCACUACUCAUGACUGGCAGACUAAAGAAGUACUACACAGAUCUUGAGGCAUUUGCUAUGGUAGCAGCUGCUUUUUGUCACGAUAUUGAUCACAGGGGAACUAACAAUUUAUACCAGAUGAAGUCAGCAUCCCCAUUAGCAAAAUUGCAUGGCUCCUCCAUUAUGGAAAGGCAUCACCUUGAAUACAGCAAGACCCUUAUGGCAGAUGAGAGCCUCAAUAUCUUCCAGAAUCUUCAGAAGCGGCAGUUUGAAACUGUUGUUCACUUAUUUGAAAUUGCCAUCAUUGCAACUGACUUGGCAUUGUACUUCAAAAAGAGAAGUAUGUUUCAGAAGAUUGUUGACGCCACAGAAAAAAUGGCAACCGAGGAGGAGCAAAUAAAGUACAUCACAUUGGACCCCACCAAGAAGGAAGUCAUCAUGGCAAUGAUGAUGACUGGAUGUGACCUGUCUGCCAUUACCAAACCAUGGGAAGUACAAAGUAAGGUGGCUCUUAUGGUAGCAAAUGAGUUCUGGGAGCAGGGAGAUCUGGAAAGGACCGUUCUAGAUCAACAGCCCAUUCCCAUGAUGGACAGAAACAAGUCUGCUGAGCUACCGAAGUUACAAGUUGGCUUUAUCGAUUUUGUGUGCACAUUUGUAUACAAGGAAUUCUCAAGGUUCCACAAAGAAAUCACACCAAUGUUAUCAGGUCUUCAAAACAACAGGGUUGAAUGGAAAGCAUUGGCAGAUGUGUACGAGGCAAAGAUGAAGGUUAUUGAGGAGGAAAAGAAGAAGAAGGAAGAAGAGGAUGCCAAAAAAGCAGAAGGUGGAGGAGGAGGAGGAGGAGGAGGAGGGGAAGGCGAAGGAGGCAAAUCGAAAACGUGCACAAUAUUUUAGAAACUGUCUGACAGCCCUUCCGUCUCAGGCAUACAGAUUGCCAUUUAAGCACUGGAGGAAGUCGUACAAAGACUUACCUCCCAGGAUUACAACAGAAUGUUUGAUUGGGCACAAUCCUCUUACAUCUACCAUCUGCUGCAUGUCAGUAGCAAUGGACUUCUGGAACGAGUCCCUGUGAGAACCGCUGGCAGUAAUGGAGCUGGAAUGUACAGCAGCAUUUUGUGGUGUAAUAUAUAACUAACAAUAGAGCAUUAGAUAUGGUUCUCUUGUAAAUAGCUGUAAAAGGAUGACAUUUUAUUUGACUGCAGUUACUGGGUACCGGCUUUGAUACUAUAUGAAUCCUUGCAUGUAAACAUUGGUUUUUAAAAAGCUCAGCAAAAGGCAGUCGUUGGCCACAAUUUAUAAAACAAUUUCAGAAUUCUUGAUUAUUAUUUAGAUAUUUUAUUUUUCUGUGAAACUUGAAUUCCCUUUUUUUUUCUCUGAAGUGGUUAUGUAGCCAAGAGUCUCAGUCUAGUUCCUAGAAUCUACAUUAAAUGUGUCACAUUCACAAUUAUAUUAAAAUUAUUUUAAACUGUUGUCUAACACAGCUACACAUAACCAAAUGAAUUAUAAACCAAUUUAUGGGUGGUACAAUAAAAAAAAAAAAUAGAAUGAUGCCUGAAAACAACAUUUGGCAAUAGAUGGUGAAAAAAAUAUAAUACAAGAUGACAUCUCUAAUAACAAUAAGAGACACCCAACACAACACUAUCAACUUUUAAAUGAAUCGCAUUUUAAAACUCUAUUUCAGAUUGAUGCAUGGGGAAGUGGAUUAAUUAGUUUUACUGAAUUAGUUAGCACUUUUUUGUAAUUUGACUAUGCAUCAGAUUGGUUUCAAUCCAACACCUCUCAUACUGUCAUUCGGGAGCUACUGAAAAACCUCCAUUACCUAAUCUGUUGUAACCUUUUUUAAAUGUUAGGUAAUCAGAGUACAGUUCAGUCAAUUAAUAGGUUCCUCCAUGCUGUGUAGUCUCAUAUUGUGACUCACUGCUCUACCAGAUUGUGAUCAAGCUGAAGGCUUGUGAUGAACUGGCUUUCACUGAUGUAAAUUUAGAUCGACUGUUUUAUGUAUAUGUUGCAGGCAUUUGGAAAGGUACUAUAAGACAAUCUCUAAGUUCUAAAUGCGGGCAACAGUGCAUUAUAACUUCCAUGUAUGCAAAAACACAUAGGUAUACAUCAAAAGAAACUUAUCACUAUUAUAACACAUUUAUUUUCGAAAAAUAUAUAAGGUAUAUAAAUGAUGGACACUGACUAAAUGUUUUUGGUUUCUUUUUAAUCACUUGAUCAAUCAUCCUUGACGAUGACACGCUUGAGUGACUAUGACUGAAGCAUAUGCACUUAAUCACCUAAUUAGUGAAUUGAUUGGACGUUGAUCUGAGUGAUUUCAGCUAUUGAAUGGCAAGCUUGAAUAAAAUCAAUAAAGAAAAUCACAGAAAAACACCAAUAUUACACGUCUGUCAAGAGAGCAGUGCCUUCGUGCAAUCGGCAUGUUGGAGUCUGGAAUAGGGCAACUUACUGUGGCUCGCCAUCUUGGGUGCUCACAGCCAGCAAUUUCAAACCUGGCGAGACAGUAUAACCAGACACACUGUCAAUGACAGGCCAUGAACUGGGAGACCAAGAGUCACAACACCUGCCCAAGAUCGACAGAGCAUUUUGCAGCAUCUUCGUGAUGUCAAUUGUUAAUCAGGACAAAAAAUUCACUGCACCUGCUCUAACUCAGAGUUUGUCAUAUUUCGAUCUAGUGAAUUUUAUCCAAAUAUAAGUGAUAAGUUUCUUUUUAUGCUCAAAUAUAAGUGAUAUGUUUCUUUUGAUGCUCAGUAUAUAUAUAUUUCAGCGAGGUCCUGCUUUUUUAGUGAGGUCUUGAACUUCAGACGGUUUUGAGGCAGCUUGUUCACAAUUAAGGUUUACACUGUUUUUGGAAGAAAAUUUGUGAUGUUGCUUCAAUCAAAGUUAAGGCUGUUACCAUCAUUUUCUAAAGCCGGCUGUUAGUACAGUAACCAUAAUAUCAUGUAUACUUUAUUUAAAAAAAAAAAAAAAAGUAUAAUAUUAUCAUUUUUACAUAGCCCAAAAUAGUCCUCCUCUAGGUGUGAUUCAUUGUCAAUAUAGAAAACAAAUAUUUGUUUCUUCACUGAAACAAACCCUUGUCCAAAAGGUGCUACUUGGUAAUAAGUUAGAGGUUUGACUGUUGAUUUAUAAACAUGUAGUUUUUAAAACUAGGCUAGAAGCAUGUAUCUUAGUUCUGAAAAAAAUAAAAAACUCAUUGAUUUGUACAGCAAGCCAAAUAUAAGUUUGCUGUAAGAAAUAGAAAACAAUCUGUUUAGACUUGUUGUACAGGUGUAAGAAGAUUGCACUGGAUUGGAUUUGUCUUCAAACCAAGCAUUAAAAGAUUCUCAGGGAUUUAACCUUGAAAUCCCCCUAUUUACCAUAAGUAGACUGCACAAGGCUGCUGUUAUUUGUUAAUCAAGAGCACCUUAAAACAAGUUGCUGAUGGAUAUACAAUUUUUUUUUUUUUUCUUAAUUAUUAUAAGUCCCUAUUUUACAAACAUGUUUGAACAUUGAACCAAAAACUGAAUUUCAUAAUAGCUUUGGGCAUGUUAAAUGCAAAGUUACGCAAGACAAUGGGGGGUUGGGAUAAUGGGAUAAGGCUGAUGCAGGAAACCUCACCAGUUUUUAUGUUAAAAAUAUUUUGUCAUUAAAAAGAAAGCACAAGUCUCCAUUAAGUAAUAACGUUUGGAUAGUAAGAAACAAUUGCAUUACUGGAACUGGUAUUUAUUUAAAAUAUCACCUGGAUAACCCUGUUAAGACUAAAUAUUGUCCUGUAAAGUAUCUUAAAGAGAAACAGCAGGGCAGAAGGAAACACUUCUGUAACAUGUCUAAGGACCUUUAUCCCAUUAGCCUGGCCUCAGCACAAGAUGUGGAGUAGUGGUUAAGGCUCUGGACUCUUGACUGGAGGGUUGUGGGUUCAAUCCCAGGUGGGGACACUGUUGCUGUACCCUUGAGCAAGGUACUUUACCUAGAUUGCUCCAGUAAAAACCCAACUAUAUAAAUGGGUAAUUGUAUGUAAAAAAUAAUGUGAUAACUUGUAAUAAUUGUAAGUCGUCCUGGAUAAGGGCGUCUGCUAAGAAAUAAAUAAUAAUAACAAGAUAAACACCUUGGAUUUGGCAUUAGAAUCAUAUAUAUAUAUAUAUAUAUAAAAAAAAAAAUAACUACAGCCAUUAAUCAGCUACAGUUUAGUACAGUUAUCGAUUGAUUGACAGAUUAACAUAUGUAUGUACAAAGCACUUAAAACUGAAGUAUUAUAAUAGUGAAUGGAUUAUUUUAAAGAGGCUAGGUUGACAUUUAAAAAACUUUGUAUAAUAAUGUCAUCUGUAAAUUAAAAUAAAUAAAAUGGACAGUAAUUAAAA